GCAAUAAUGAUUGUAAUACCCAUGAAUUGAAUGGGUCUGGAGGAGAAGAUGAAGGCCCUCCAGGGAAUGUCUCUGGCUCUGGCUCUGCUGGCCAUCCUGGAGGCUAGCGCUCAGGUGUUGGUGGCUGGGAAAUGCCCCCGGCCUGCUGUGGUCCAGUUCUUUGAUGCGUCCAGGUACCUGGGCAAGUGGUAUGAGAUCCAGAAGCUGCCAGUUCUCUUCCAGCAGGGAGAGUGUGCCACUGCGACCUACAGCCGCCAGGGUACUGGUGGAGAUAUGGAAGUCCUCAUCAAAGAGCUGCUCGCUGAUGGCAGCACCUACGCUUACGUUGGCUCUGCCAUGGUUACCAACUCAUCAGAGCCGGCCAAGAUGGAGGUCUACUACUCUCCAACCUCUCUCCCCAGCCCCUACUGGGUGCUAGCCACGGACUACUACGGCCACGCCUUGGCAUUCGGCUGCAUCGACUACGGCCUUUUCCACGCCCAGUUCGCCUGGGUCCUGAGCCGGCAGCCCACCCUGGUGAGGAAGACCCUUAAGGACCUUCAGGACCUCCUGGCCUCCGGGGGCGUCAACGUGGACAAGAUGACCCCCACCAACCAGAACAAAGCCUUCUGCCGGGCCAUGGUUUAG